AUGCUAGACGAGGAAACGGUGAACGUGUCCACGUUUCUGGCUGGAGCAGCUGGCGCCCACUUGCUCGACGAGUUCCCCGCCGCCGCCGAGAUCUUCUCCGAUGCGGAACGACCCUUGCUACAGGUAAGCGUUUGAGAUUUAGGGCCAGCGGCUUCUAGGGCUUAGGGUCUGAUCACUGAUCAGACAGAUCUAUGUACGAAACACACGGGCUUCUAGCCUCUGUUCCUAAUUCUAAGAUCACAUCCUUAUCAGUUAGGGCUUCUCUAGAUUCUACUGAUUUCUAUUACCUACAGUGUCGGCCAACAUAAUAAUCAACUUUGAGGCAGAGUCCAUGCUCAACUCCUUGUUCACUAGAUGUUUUGUAUGCAUACCCUAUGGACCCCUUAACACACAAACACUAUUAGGGGGGAGGUUUUAGCUAGGUCCAGUAUCCAGUGGCAUUCUUCAGCUCUUGAUGACUUCUUGGGAAAAUAUUUGCACCUAGAACUGCGUCUUCAUACUCAACGAACUUUAAGGAUACUGUAGUGCUGAGAGCACAAGAUUCAGUUUACACUUUGAAGCUCCAACUUUUAAGUGCGGUUGGGGGUGUUCUACAAGCUUGACUAUGUAACUUCAAGUAAACCAUAUCAAAUUUGCAGACGGUAAUCCUGGCGUCAGUCCUGCUGCUACUCAUCCUCUCGUGCGUCAUCGGCAACCUGUUCGUGAUUCUGGCGAUCAUAAUGGAGCGGGAUCUUCGAGGCCGUCCCCAGUACUAUCUGAUCUUCUCGUUGGCGGUCGCCGAUCUUCUCGUAAGUUUGGCAUCCGUCUAUUUUCGGCGCAAAGAUUGGGGAUGUGUCAAAAGUCAGCGGGAAAAAAUCGAAUUACACGGAUUCACACCAUAAUUUGAUUUAACCAGCUCACGCAUCAAUUUGGACGGGCCUGGCUGGUUUUUGCGUGAGGAUUACUGUAGGUUUGGUGCGCUCUGAAAAACCUUGUCGGAAUGCUGGAAAAGUCGAAAAAAAACGCGUGGCCACACAAGUGCACACACUCGAAAUCGAAUUCACGCGGCGAGCUCAUGUGCCGCGAGUGAUCGCUAGCGGCGUGUGUAUGUAUGUAUGUGUUGAAAAGUCAUCCAAAUUCAAUUUUGGAGCAGCAGAGCAACACUGCGGGCCCGCAAAGCCGUGCUGUUCUACUAAUACCCAUCCAGCCGAGAAGGGACGAGGGCACGAAGGACGGAUUGAAAUUUGUGUGUGUGUGUGUGUGUGAGGAAAAGGUCCAAUGGGCAGGGCGCUCAUUGGUGUGUUUUGUGUGUUGCAGACAGGAAGAAAGAGGGUGGAUGGGCUCAGUGAGCACCAGGAGCUCAAAGUUCUUGAGAUGAAAAGUACCGUAAUCCAAUUAGGGGCGCUGUUCAAGAGUUCCCCCCCCCCCAUCCUUUGCUUUUCGAAAACAGAAUUGAAUGUGCACUCGACACACAUUCGUGGUAAACAUACUUCCAGCCACCCCGCACAAUUUUAUUGUGCCGCCGCCGCUCCUUUGCCGUCUUCCGUUUUUCGCUAUUUUCGUGGAGGCGACGGGGGCGUUCCGCUCGAUCCGUUUUCACGCCGAACGACCCUGCCAGUUGGGGAGGGAAAAAUGAAAUGAUACUGGAUUGAUGCGAAGCUUGCAAAGAACCCCUAAAAUCUCAUAACAAUUUUGCAUUUUGCAUUCAAAAAACAAAAAGUGCGCACCGUUUUGCAGUAUGCAAACGGAUAUCUAAGCCACGAGAACGCUUCAUGAACGCUUCGAAUUCAACUUGUUUUAUUCAGCUCUUUUUACCUGGCUUGAAGGAAAUGCAGCGUAGGAAGUUUUGACAGAGAUCCUAAAGCCAAAACAAGAUGACAUCAUCAAAACGUGUCCUUCCGCUGCUUUUCGGACUUUUGGAAAUUAACAAGGAGAAGAAGAAGAGGCGCGCGUAAGAGACAGCACAAUUUUAAUUGUGUCAAUUGCACUAUGCAAAUUUUAUUCCUUUCCUCCCACCCGUUUGUUUCAUUCGACUCAUUAGUCUCGUGAUGAAUGGAAAAAGAUGCGGUUUUUGCAAACUGAGGGUCUUUGAAGGGAAAAAGUUUGGAAAGUAGCAUCGUUUGGUGCGUUAGCCAUCUAUCCGGAACACAUCAAACAUCUCACAAGCCGAAAAACUAAACAUUUCAAAAUUGUCGAGCGUUCAAACAUGUUUUCUCUUCCGUGUAUAAAUAGUGCAUUACAUUCUCAUGAGAGCCGCGGAUGAGGAACUAAUUGGAUUUUUCGAAGCAACACGGAACCGGAAAGUUGCCUAGGAUGGAUCGUGAUUUUUGAAUCGUUGCUUGCUUCCACUGUUUUCAAGGAAUGUUUCGGGGUCCAUUUCUCGAGAAAACCCGCAGUUUCACAAGAAAAUCAAAUCGCCUCGGGCUGAAGAACCUCAUCAAAACGUUUCACACACACACACACACGGCAAGUGAAGUGCGAAAAUAGUUUUUAGACCCGGAUGUGUGGGAUGUGGAAUGAUGAACGAAUCAGACGAUUUCAUUUUUCUGCGGGGGACGGAGGGAUAUCGAAUCAUUCACAGAUAAAAUUAGCCUUCCGGAUGUCCAGAAAUAGGUGUUGAGAGGGGUGAAGUUAUGAAUGGACGAAUUAUGAUGUGGGGGAUCAUUCCGAUGUUUGUUGAUGACGAUUUUGCAGGUCGGAUUGAUUGUAACACCGCUCGGCGCUUGGAACACUGUCACCGGCACGUGGAACCUCGGAGUUGUGCUCUGCGACUUUUGGAUUUCAGUGGAUGUUCUCGUGUGCACAGCAUCCAUUCUUCACCUCGUCGCCAUCGCAUUGGACAGGUAAGGCCGAGCGUCAUUUGAGAACUCAUUUUUCCGCAAUUCUAGGUCCUAACCCGUUUUUGCAAAGAAAACUCAUUUCAGGUACUGGUCGAUCACCGACAUUUGUUACGUCCAAAACCGAACACCCCGUCGGAUCACCCUAAUGCUGGCAGUCAUUUGGUUCGUCUCUCUGCUCAUCUCGUUGGCGCCAUUUGCCGGAUGGAAAGACGAGGGAUUCAGUGAUCGGUACGUUCGUCCGAUUUGGAAAUGAUCAGAAUGAUAUCGUUCGUUUUGCAGAGUCCUCAAGUCGCACGUUUGCCUGAUAAGUCAACAAAUUAGCUAUCAGGUAUGUAAUGUUUAUCUGUUAUUAUAUUUCGAAAAAAAAAUGUCAAUUCGGCCGGAACUACUAUCCAUUCCGGAUUUCCGAGAUUAAGUACAUUGCGUCGAAAGUUCCAAGAAGGGGGUCAGGUGACUAUUUCGGAGUGUGCAAAAAGAAUUGGCACUCAGAAGAAGCGGCGACGCACGACCUCUUGCUCUUUUUAAAUUUGCCCGUAGGCCAUCGCCCAUCUAUACUGACAUGAAUUUCAUGUCCCCAUGAGGAGCGCAAAGACCUUCUACGUAGCGUCGGCGAGCAACUUUUGCGGAGCGAAAAAUCCGACAUAAAACGGACGAACGAACACUUUUUCGGGCUCAACUGGGAGACAUUCCCGGGGAUUAUGGGCAUGGUUCAUAAAUCAAAAAAUGGGCAGAAACAUGCAUUCGGAAUUCGGAAUGCUUCGUAUUCCCCGGGUGCAAAUAAUUGUGAACGCACGUCAGAGAGGAAAUGGGGGGAAACAUUUUCAAACAGACAUUUUACUGACUAUGAGGGACAUUAUAGGUAUUCUCAACGGCGACCGCAUUCUUCAUCCCUCUAAUCGCCAUCAUUUGCGUUUAUUGGAAAAUUAUGAGAGCUGCGAAGAAGCGAUUCAAGAGAGAACGCGACCGGCGGACUGUGAUCCGUCCUCCGCCCGACGCGAUCGACGAGAAGAAGGCGAUGAUGCCGAAGAAGAGCAAAAAAAUUCCGUUGCCGCCGGCGGUCGUCAUCUCCGACAUUCAGAACAACGGAAAGAACUCGUCAAUUAAGGUGCGUUCCGAAAAAUCCACGUCAAUCCGCAAACAAAUAAAAUUUUCAGACGCACGCCCGACAUCACGAGUCAAGUUCGUCGGCUUCCGAAGAGGAGCGAACGGUGACGCAGACAAAUUGCGGCGACACGACGAUCGAGACGAAGAUUGAUGCGAAGGACGGCGGCGCGAAACAGUCGUCGGGCAUAAUGAAGAGACGGCGGCGUCCGAAAGAGUCAAGCGAGAUGAAGAGGGAGCGGAAGGCCUGGCGGACUCUCGCCAUUAUCACAGGUACCGACAGUCUUCUCAUGACCAUUUUGAAAUCGAAAAGCACGUUCAGGCACAUUUGUGGCGUGCUGGACGCCGUUCUUUCUCGUCUCUAUCUACCGUCCAAUUUGUGGAUGCUCAAUCUCACCGCUCAUCGAGCAAGUCACUCUUUGGCUAGGUACCGUACUUGUUUUUUCGAUUUCCACCCCAAAUUGUUAUUCCAUUUUAAGGCUACCUAAACUCGACGCUGAACCCCAUCAUCUACACGGUUUUCUCGCAGGACUUCCGGGCCGCUUUCAAGCGAAUCAUCAAAAGGAUGUGUCUUAUCAACGAAUACUAA